ACAAGCUAAGCAUAAACCAGCCUAGUGCUUUCUGUGCUUAAAUAUAACGGCAAAGCCCGAAACGAAGAAAGCAAAGGAAAAACAGAGCAAAGAGAUGAGGUUGCUAACUCACAACAUGUUGUCGUCAAACAUCAAGGGGGUAACCAAUGGCUUCCCUCUCAAGAUUGAAGUGGAGAAAGUGGUGGAGAAGCAAGUCGAAAUCAACCACGAUUUCCUCAGGAAUAUAUUUCCCAAGAUCGAUUGGAAAGCGUUUUCCGAUGCUGCCAGAACUAUGGGCUACGUCGAGCUUCCUGAGCAGGCACCUGAUCCGUCGGUGCUUGAGUCGGACCUGGACUUCUUGACGAAGUUCCACCAUGCCCUCUUGGAGCUUCAUCUUGAGGAAGGUGCUCUUGUUUGUCCCGAGACUGGCAGGAAGUUUCCGGUUAAUAAGGGAAUCCCCAAUAUGCUUCUGCAUGAAGAUGAGGUUUAAGGGAAUGGUGGUUGAUACGGCUGCGCCACUGGGCCUCACCGGUUUUUAAUUAGGGUUUAUACUCUUUUCAUUUUCUUUUUGUGUGUGUUGUUUUAAUUAUAAUGUCACUGAUUUUAAUUUAUUAAAUAAUGCAUUUUAAUGAA